AACCUCGAGAAAGACAUGGUCAGCAGUGCAGCUCAACUACACCAGUACUCCUUCGUCGACAGAGAAAAGGCUUCUAUCGAGGUCGAUAUUGAGGACGACUAUGUUGUUUUCAACAAUCUAAAUAAAGAUUUCCAAAGUAGAGGGUAUUCUCGCAUGCCAUACCGUGUCAAGUCGACAGAAGUCAGCAUUGUUCGCAGUGUCAUUCAAGCAGCUAGUGACUUUCACACACACUUGACACGUGCACCUCAGGAUGGAGUGCUUCGCGAGUACGUCGACGUAGAAUUUGUAAAAGUCAAAAGGCCACUGGACCGAAAUUUUGGUCCAAUGGCCCAAGAUGCGGAUGCAGGGAACCUUUGCAAAAAUGGUUUGGUUGAGGUUACUGCUGGAGAAACUCUAUACGGAAUCAAGAUCACCAAUAACUCGCCUCUCCCGCUAUAUCCCCACCUCUUCCUGUUCGAGUGCAAGUCCUAUUAUACACCUCCAAUUGUCGCUGAGCAGGAUCAUGAGGCGCCACUUCAACCUAAAGGUACCUUUACAAUCGGCUAUGGGAGAGUAGGCGAAACUCCAUGGACCCAUUGCGUUGGAGAUGACGAAGAGGUUUAUCAGAGCGGAAAAGUCGUUCAAGAUGAACAGGAUAUAGACAUCUGCGUCUUCAAGCUGUUCUUGACAAGCAAACCGACAGAUCUUUCCGAUAUUGAGCAGCCUUCCCCAUUUCCUGGAGAUGCUCGGAAAACGAGAAGAUACAAAUGGGGAAAAGAAGAGUGGGAUGCGGUUUCAAUCACUGUAGUUCCAUAUAUUGAAAGCCAGCCUUUUGAAGAGAGGAACCAAAGCUGCGGCGCACCUGAUGCUGCCCAAUUGCAGAUGGCUGGUUUUGAUCUCAAUGGCCUCACCGCCCUCACUUCCUUCCAAACGUCACUUGCCAAAGUUAUCCGGAUGCCGUGGCAGCGCGUAGUUCAUUAUGUUACUAGCAAAUUCGGCUUGAAAAGAGAUAAUUCAAAGAUAAUAACUUUGGGGGCGGGUCCUGUCAAAUCCACUGGACCGAGCCAGCUCCCCGAAGAAUCCAUUGACGAUCAACCCCGCCACCUGAGUGCCCUGCUCAUAGGCAUCGAUGACUACCUUGAUCCUAACGAUCGAUUGUUGGGGUCGGUGAACGACGCCAAAGACUUGGAAAGCUAUUUGAAGGAAGUUUAUCCUUCCGCUCGGAUUAUUUCUCUUCAUAAUAAUGAAGCCACACGUGAUUCUAUCAUCGAAGCAAUUAACAGCUUGAUUCAUGACGAGAUGAUUGAACGCCAAGAUCCUAUUCUGAUCUUUUAUGCAGGCCAUGGGGGCGAGGCUGAGCCUCCUGUAGACUGGGGCCUCGAAGGAAAGAAGAUCCAGGCGCUUAUACCGCAAAAUUAUGCCGACGGUAGCAAUGUCAUCACGGACCGAGGUUUCUGUGCUUUGCUCGAGGAACUUCGCAAGGCGAAAGGGGACAACAUAAAAGGCACCCGUCGAACCAGGGCGAUCCGCCUCACUAAACCACUCCCCAAUAAUGUGGAUAGUGACAUUUUUACGAGGAAUGGCACCGAUGGAGCUCAACAAACGUCGAGUACCAGGUCUUUUUACAAUCAAGCUGUCUCGUCCCACGUGCUUUUGGCUGCCUGUGGUGAGAGCGAGUUCGCCAUCGAGGACGGAGGUCGAGGUGCUUUUACCAGAGCAUUAUUGGAGACUAUAAAACGGUUAGGCUUUACCAAGUUCACUUAUUCGGAUAUCAUCAGGAACCUGCCAGCCCUACCUAA